UAAAGUGGAAAAAACAUGAGUGCGUUCAAGAGAUAUCAAAGUAAGGUUUUUUGGGAUCAAAUGGCUUCGCGUGAUCUGGAAGAUGAUCACUCUGCAAAAAGAUACGAUCCCCCGCGUUAUUCUUUUAAUGAACGUAUUCGUGAAAAGGAGGAAGAAGAAGAAGAAAAUUUAACUAAAUCAGAAAACGAUACAGUCGAUAAUGCAAAUAUUACCGCGAUACACGUUUGUAAUAAAAGCGACGGGAAUAUAAAACAAAAUAUAUGUCAGAUUUCAUUGAUACACGACAAAAGUGUAACACAUCACAGAAUGACAGUGAAGCAAACAGAUGAAGAAAAGGAAGAAAGACAUGAGAUGAGAAACAGAUCCUGUAGUCCCUUGAGCCAAGAUUUCAAGAGCCAAGAUUCCGGAUUCUCUGAUUCUGAAAGAUCGGACUGUUCGGAAACUUGCGAAAAUGCAACUCCAAGACGGAAAUUGAGGAGGAAACGGAUAAAACAACGUAGAAUCCAGUCAACUUCUUCAUGGUUGGAGGAAGAAUCUCUCCCAAUACCGACUCAUACAUCCACACCAAAGGAUUCUAAAAUGUUCACCGUGAGGAAUCGUUUCGCAAAAUCCGCAAAAAGUCCGAUUCGAGGACAAAGAAUUGACAAAGCGCCAAACGAUACGUCAAAAGUACUCUCGUCCGUUUCGUUGGAGGAAGAGAAUCUGCGCGAUUUUCUAUACGCAUCCGAGCCGCCGGAAGACAGCGUUCAGUCGUCAAUAGCGAAAUCGCGGGCUUCCACUGACGCUGCGGAUGCAAUUGCCGCCGGUAGGGACGUGUUGAACUCUAGAAAUUAUCGUCAAGCGUCCUCCAUGAGAGCAUGGCUAACCGAUCUCGCCGUGGUGACCGAGAACGAGUGUAGCAAUACGCUUCAAAGCAAGAAUUUGCCGCGCAAAGGAGUCCGAGUGAUAUCCGGCGAAAUUCAUGCGCGGGAUUUGAAGAUGAUGUCUUCUGCAGCCACCGCGGCCGCGAGUAAGCUUUUAGUCAACGCGGAUCACUUCGAGCAACAUUAUCGGAAUAUCGUCGAAAGAAUAACGAGAUUGGAAGGUGGCAGAUCUGAAAUGGAACUUCUUCGUAGUAUAGAAGAAGCAGCAUUUUCUAUCCUUUCUGAAUUAGGAGCACCUCCUCCUCGUAGGAUACAGCAAGGUAGUCUUAGGAGUAUCCUCGCGCAGUUACAAAAUAUGAAGAUAUAUGUUGAUAAAACACUUGACACUCGCUUAGAUUUUUACAUUGAGAAAAUAAUCCGAGCUCUCGAGGAAGCUCCAUGGGAGGAUAGCAGCGUAGCUAGAGGUACUUUGGCAGCCCUGACAGCUUUAGGAUUGUCGGAUGCUCGUGCGGGAAGCAGCAUAGCUCGAUGUUCUGGCAUAAAAGCUCUCUUGACAUGUCUUGUCUCUACCAAUCGAACACCAAAUGAUUUUGUUGCAAUAUCAUUACGUGCUCUGGCCAGUGUGUGCUCUUCCACGUCAGCGAUCGAAUACUUUGCUCGAGAUGGUGGUCCCGAGAUCCUAACAGAUCUUUUGGGCGCAGAAUCCUCUUCCGAGAAGGAAAAGACCGAAGCCACUGCUUUGGUGGUGCAAAUCACGGCACCAUGGACUAUGGCACGGGGUUUACCAUAUCUCGAACCUUUUGCGGAUUUAUUGAUUCCGGCAUUGAAUCAAUUGGUUGAAAACACCAGUUGUGCACAGACCUUGUUGCUAGCUGCUGCAGCACUGAAUCAGUUAUCCAAAUCGAGAAUAUGCGCCACGAUUAUAAUGGAAGAAGAUAGUGUGAGAAAACUUUUAAAAAGCGUGAAAAAAUCUGCUGGCGGUAAUAUCUGGUUGAUGGAGCAGGUGGCCGCAUUGAUUGGUGAAUUGGCGCGUAUUCCUGAAGGCCGAUCACAUUUGGCAAAGGCACGAGCCUCCGUGGCAUUAGUCUCCUUUCUUCGAAUGAGGCCACCAGGUCUGGAAAACGCGUAUGAACGGUUGGAAACCACUGCAGCAGCCGCACUAACCAGACUCUGUGUGGAGCCGGAGAUUGCAAGACAAGUAGUUGCAAUCGGUGGCGGAGAUUGUCUACCGGGACUAUACAAAGUAAAUGAGGUCCAAAUAGACCAAGAGGAUGAGGAAGCACAAGUGGAUACGGGUCUGUUAAGAUAUACUAGAUCAUUAAGACGCGCAUGCAAGAAGGCCGCAAGACAAAUCGGGAUCGCAAAAGCCAAGGACCACAGCACAUUGGAUUGAGGGGAUUCUGGAAAA